CUUGCAGUCUCUCUGUUCCGGUGGUAUUUCCUUGGAUUUCUUCUCACCACAUUGUCCCUCCCAUUUCUGCUCUGCGUCUUUCCAGUCUCACUUUGAGUGUUUCAGGACUUCGUGUCUGCCGCGCUCGACCUGUUCCCCCCGCCCCUUCUCCCCAGCGGCCCCAGGCCGGGUCGCGAUCCUCAUCUAUCCUCGUCCGAGUCCAGAGCCCGGGGCCGGCCUGGGGCCCGAGCGUCCUGGGGCUCCGGGACAAUGGGAAAGCACUUUCCCUUUCUGUACCCCGAGGGUCUGAGAGGCCUCCUCUGUAAAAUGAGGCACUUCAUCUGUGGACUGGAAGAAAGUGAGAGGUGUAGUAGGACCUAAUCCCUGCUGUGGAGACAGGACCAUGGAAGAAAGGACAUCAUGCUGCUCCAGUACCACCCUGUUCCAUCAGGAAGGAGUGGGGGGAAUCACAUAUCGGAUCCCAGCACUGCUCUAUAUCCCACCAGCCCGGGUAUUGCUGGCCUUUGCAGAGAAGCGUUCCACAGCAGAUGAUACAGAUGCACUUUAUCUGGUGCUUCGACGAGGGCAGAGGGUGGGCCAUUCUGUGGAGUGGGGGCCUCAAGUGUCCCUGAUGGAAGCCACGUUGCCUGGAUUCCGCACCAUGAACCCCUGUCCCGUAUGGGAGCGGAAGAAUGGACGGAUCUUUCUGUUCUUCAUUUGUGUUCGCGACCAUGUCACGGAGCAGCAGCAGAUUUGUUCAGGGAAGAAUGCCGCUCGACUGUGUUUUGUCUCGAGCGCAGACCAUGGACAUUCUUGGAGCCAGAUCAAGGACUUGACUGACGAGGUCAUUGGUGAGGAGGUAGAGCACUGGGCUACGUUUGCUGUGGGACCUGGCCAUGGGGUCCAGCUACAAUCUGAGAGGCUGGUCAUCCCUGCCUAUGCUUAUCGUUUGUCCCGCUGGUCCUGCCUGGGGUCCCCUUUCUGGUUUAGAGCCAGACCCCAUUCUCUGAUGUUUUACAGCGAUGACUUGGGUGCUACCUGGAAACACGGGCAGCUCAUCCAGUCUGGGCUGACCAUAGAAUGUGAGGUUGCAGAAGUGAUGAAUUCGAAUGGCUGCCCUGUGUUAUACUGCAGUGCCCGGACCCCUGGGAGGUGUCGGGCUGAAGCGCUCAGCAUAGAUCUGGGGGAGCACUUUGAGAAACCUUCCCUGGUCCGGGAGCUGCAUGAGCCCCGCCAUGGUUGCCAGGGAAGUGUUGUGAGCUUCAGGCCCAGUAAAGGCCUUCAGGAAGAUGAAGCCCCAGAUGGCGGCAGUGGACUCUCUAGCCAGCCAGCAUCUCUGGUCAGCAGCACCCCUGGACCAGAGCAGGACAGCGACAAACCUCAAAGUUCAUGGCUUGUUUAUUCACACCCAACAAGCAAGAGGCAUAGGAUCAACCUCGGCAUCUAUCUGAACCAGGCCCCUCUGGAAGCUACUCGCUGGUCCCAGCCCUGGAUUCUCCACAGGGGGCCCAGUGGUUACUCCGACCUGGCUGCCCUCGAAGAGGGCUUGUUUGGGUGCUUGUUUGAGUGUGGGGAGAAGCAUGAGUGUGAACAGAUCGCCUUCCAUAUGUUCACAGACCGAGAACUUCUAAGUCACAUUCAGGACAACUGCUCUGGCUCCGGCUCAGAGAGGGCAAGCCCCUCAAAUUUAGACUAGCUUUGGCCACCACUCCCUGGGUAAGAGAAGUGGAAACCACAGCGACCUCUCUCUCAUGCAGGGCAAUGGGGGUGUGGAAUAAUGAUAGCUAGCAUUUUUAUGUCAUUAAUGUCUACAAAGCAUUUUAUCAACAUCAUCUCAUUUGACCCAAUAGCUGCUGCUGAUAUGAUGCCUAUUUUACAGGUGAGGAAAGUGGGGCAGACAGCGGGUUAAAUGAAUUGCCUAUGGUCAUUGAGGUCCAAUUGGAACUCGGAUCUUCCUGAUUCCAGGAGCAGAGCUCUGUCUAGCUGCCUCUAGGGAGAGUUAAAAGUUAAGUUACUCCAUGCCUCUUUUCUGAUUCUCACUUGGCCUGGCUGCUUCACACAUUUUGCUCUUUAUCCUCCUCCAUCCCUUCUCCAGGGAGCAAAAGGGACUGUCUGACAUUUUGCCAAGAUCUGAUGCUGUGGAAAGAAUGUUGGAUAAGGGGUCAGGACUCUCAUCUCUGGCCCUCACUCUGAUCCUGAUUCCUGUGCAGACUUUCAUACAUCUCAAAGACUCAGUGUCCCAGAGGUUCUUAAGAUGCAUAGACAGGAACAAACACUGAUAGUCUGGGAAGGAAAGAAAUGAGCAAGCCGAACUCUAAAAUUCUGUGAUUCUUCCCCUCAUCACUGUUGGGAGAUGCAAGGGGCUUGGACAGUCCAAGCCCAGCUGUGAUCUGCUUAAUCAAUAUUUAGAGACAUAAGGACCUGAGUCGAGUCUGCAAGUAUUUAUUAAACUCCUCCUUUUUGC